ACAUGAUGUUGUGUCGUUACAUCUUUGGAUCAUGUCCCUCUUCUCUCAUCUUCCUUUCCUUUUCUCUCCUCCCACAUCUACCCAUCCCAAGAUGCAGCAUGCCGUAGGGUACCAGCCCAACUGAUCCCUUACCCGUCCUCACAAUCGUUGUGCAAACAAAUCCGCUGCCUCCAGAACAGCAUCGAACUAAUCUCGUCCUGCCACAUCAUAAUCUUUCUACUCCAAUGGGACUACCCCCAUCCGUUUCACGACUGAUCUGACCUGAGUAUAAGAACCACCGAAUGCCGCUAUAGAUUGUCUCGAGAUAUCCACGAUCCCACCGACUACAAAACCAUCAGUAACUUCUUCCCGCCACAAGCUUCCCUUCUCGACCACCUUGAACUCUAGAGUAGAGCCUCUUCUGGCUUCGAGCAUAGCUUUGCACUGCAUGUACUCCAGCAAGUCAUACCCGACGACCGCCAUGUCUGCUUCUUCCUACAAUAGCCAAGGAGGAACCUGGCAGGAGCGACUUGAAGACGCCUGCCGCGAGGCUAACAUCUUGCCUCCCGUCUUCCAAAUCGUCUCUGACCGACGUGGCGGCCGCACAGCUUGGUCCAGUCGAGUCACGGUUCACGGACGCACCCUCUCCGCACGAUUCUGGUACGACGGUAAGAACCUCAACAACGCGAAAGAAGACGCCGCGGAAAUGGCACUCAAUUAUCUCACCGGAUCCAAUCCCAGCUCUCCAGCGAACAGCAGAGGGAGCUGGUGAGAACGAAACCGAGACAUGCAUGCGAAAACACCGGCAACUUGCGGCGAACACCAGUCAAAGCAUCAUUUUCUAGCGUCGCACUUGAUGCUCUCCCCCCCCCCCUACGUUUUACUUUUGCUUGCUUUUCCUGGGCCCUUGUUCGACUGUUCACUUGUACGAAUACACCUGGAGUUGGGAUUGGGAGACAUUGGCCAAUGCCACACGGCAGAAUGGGGGACACCACGGAUAUCGGCGUACGACUACAUUUCUACCUGAGGUCAAUUGGUGACUCCAAAGGGAACAAUUUGGGUGUUGAGCUGGUUGGGGGAAAAUGGCGCACGAGAGACAUUUUCACCAGGCCAAGUCGAAGAAGGGGGGUCAGCAUGGGUUUUCCCCCUUCCAUGUUCCUCACAAUGUCAGACACGGGUGGAAUCAUGGUCUGGAGAAAUCUCGACAUGAGACAGAACCUUGGCAAGACAGGACCGGCAGACAGCCGACGGUCAUGAGGGCUUUUUGUUUUUGUGUGCGGCGGUGUUACGAUACUGCCCUUGUCCGUAAUCUGGUUGCAAUUUGGAAAUCCUUGGGUUUCUUUUUUCUUCUUCCCAGAGCGGCGUUAUGAGGGAAAAGCAACUACCAAGGCAAGGGAAGUAUGUGGCGGGGAAGAUAGUUGGACAAUAUCCAAGUUGAUGAAGAGGGCCCCCUUUCCGCAAUAGUUCUGGGAGGUGAGAAGAGAGCCAAAUAGGAGAAAACUUCCUUUUUCUUGUGUCAA